GGGAUUCAAACACAAGCCAUCUUAUAAUCAUACAACCCCUUAUUAAUCGAAGGCUUAAUAGCCCUAUUUGCCAUCCAUUUUACAGACUUAAUCAACCUCGAUAUAGACGCACCCUCGUUCACCCACCAUGAUCGAGGACGAUUUCUACCGCUCCUCAUCGCAGUUCCGACUUUGGUCCUACACAGAGUCCUCCUUAAAAUCCCUGCGCGCGGCCACAAAUGCGAACGCCAGUGAGCGCGUACGAUCUGCGCUCCGGAAAUCACGAGGGGCGCAACAGUCAGCCACCUCGUCCGCAGCAGGAACGCCGGCAGCACACCAGAUUGGGAGCGAUGCAGAUAGCAAAACAGGCGGGGAAGAUGCUGAGGUCGAGUGCUUAACGCCGGACGAGGAGCAUCAGCUGGUGCGAUAUUUCUGUGAACAGAUCAUAGAGCUUGGGGAGAUGUACAAACCUCCACUCCCAACCAUAGUACGGGCCACCGCAAUCCAAUACCUCCGCCGCUUCUACCUAACCAAUUCCCCAAUGACCUACCACCCCAAAUCCAUCAUGCUCUGCGCCCUCUUCCUCGCCACAAAAACAGACAACUACUACCUCUCUCUUCGCCAGUUCGCAGAAGUAAUCCCCGGCGACACGACAGCAGAAGAGCUCAUCCAGCCCGAGUUCCUGGUCAUGCAAAGCCUCCGCUUCACUUUCGACGUCCGCCACCCCUUCCGCGGCCUAGAAGGCGGCAUCAUGGAACUCCAAGCCAUCGCGCAAGGCAUGGGCCAACCGUCACCACACUUCCCAACCCAAACGCCCGACGACCUCAAACGCAGACUCCACUCGCUCCCCCCAUCCCAAACAGUAUCCUCCAUCAAUGACCGACUUGCCCGCGCACACCACACCACACGAGAGACCCUCAAAUCUGCCGCCCAAAUGACAGACGCUUACUUCCUCUACACACCCUCCCAGAUCUGGCUAGCGGCAUUCAUGCUCGCAGACCGGCCGCUGGCAGAAUUCUACCUCGACACAAAACUCGGCGGUCCUGUCGCGGAGGGCCAACAACAAGAAAAUCCCCUCUACCAGCUCCGAACCAAGCUCCUCCGCACCUUAACUGAUUGCUCUAACCUGCUCCAAGCGUAUACGCCCCUCGCCUCGGAUCCAGACCAAAAGAAGAACCUAAGACGCAUUCGGAAGAAGCUCUACCACUGCCAGAAUCCGGAGAAAGCUGACCUAGCGGGCCAGAAGCGUAUCCCUGCGGCUGCGGCAGCAGCAGUAGCUGCAGCCGGUGACCCGGCGACGUCCGAAAGCGAAAUGGAGCGUCUUGCAAAGAAACGGAAACUGGAAGGAGGACAGCCGAAGGAUAUGUUUGGGGGUGAGCUGGUGACGCAGCGGACCAAGGAGUCGCAGCCUCAAUAGCAGAAAAAUUAUAGAAUUAUGGUCGGUAUAUUAUUAGAUGAG